GGAAGGACCCCGAUCUUCACACAAUGUUCUGCAGUCGUCUCCAUGAACAGGAAAGUUAAAGUAACACAAUAUUAAGAAUCUCAUUAGGAACCAUUGGCCAGAACCUGCUCAUCAUGUCACCGGGGUGGCCGUGUAGGCUGAGCCUCAUCUGCUUGGUCCUAUCGGGGUUAAGAGAGGACAUCCAGGCUGGAGGAGCAGAAAGCAACAUGUUACCGCAGGAAGUAGACCCAUCAGCAAUUCCGGAAGAGAAGAUGGACAUGUUAGCAGAGACUACAGCACGGACUCAGUGUAAGCGUCCUGCGGGGGAGGGGAUGAUCCCUGCAGGGGAGGAGUUUUAUGAUAAGUAUGAAGAUCUAUACAUGACAUGUGACACUGGAUAUCGUCUAUCGUCAUCAUCAUCAUAUAUGUGGAUCCAAUGUCUAAACCCCGGCACAGAUAAUGAGUGGAGUCCUCUCCCACAGUGUAUCGCUCAGUGUAAGCGUCCUGCGGGGGAGGGGAUGAUCCCUGCAGGGGAGGAGUUUUAUGACAAGGAUAGAUUUAUAAAUGUGACAUGUGACCCUGGAUAUCGUCCAUCAUCACCACGUAUCCAAUGUAUAUACCCCGGCACAGAUAAUGAGUGGAGUCCUCUCCCACAGUGUAUCGCACAAUGUAAGCAGCCGGCGGACACUGAUAUCUACAAAAUCUAUGGAUAUAAAGAUUCCUACAAUGCGGGGGACUAUGUGGUGGUGGAGUGUAGUCCUGGAUAUCGCACUGUAGAUUACUACACCACGUGUGUGGGCCCCGAUCAGUGGAGUCCUCCUCCAGGGUGUAUCGAACUAUGUAAGAGACCAUCAAUAAGGAAUUUGGAGAAGGUCUACCUAGAGCAGGAAUAUUACCUGUUGUAUGUGACGGUCCUUAUAGUGUGCGCACCCGGAUAUUACCCAUCACACGACAGAAUACAAUGCAGGAAUAAUGGAUCCCGGGAUGACUGGAGGCCGAGUGCUGUCUGUAUAGAAGUGAAAGGGACCAUCGUGGAGGUGACGUCUAGCAGGAUCGGGCUGAGUAUAGUGUGCACCCCGGACCGGUGUCUGAACACCUCCCUAUCUUAUAUAUCCUCCUGUAUACACCUCGGGGGGGACAAUAUAGGAUGUCAUGAUGGGACAAAUGUCACCUUCUCCGAUCUGAGUCCGAAUACACAAUAUGAAAUACAGAUCUCACUUCGCUCCGGUCGGUUUUCGCUCCAUCUACAGACUCUAAAUAUCACAACUCCGGGGUCAGUCCCCGCAGCUCCUGACAUGGUGCAGACGCCCAGUAUGGAGGACGGUACAAUAAUCUGGAGGAUGUCUGAGGAUCGGGGGAAGAUCACUGGAUCUGAGCUGAACAUUGUGGCCCGGAGAGAUUACAAUUCUUCCUUCUCCCUGAAUGUUACCGAGUGGUUCCCCCCCAAUGUUACCAGAUACAAGAUCAGUCUGCACCCCGGGACCAACUACACCUUCAGGGUCCGAGGGUUCACAUCUGCAGGAGGCGGAGAUUAUACCAAUGUUACCAUGGAAACUGCUCAUCACCUCCAAAAAUAAUCAAUGAAUAGCAAUGGAAAUGAUACCUGCAAUAAGCUCUAUAGAGAAAUGAGAAUCUAUGAUGUGAUUGAUCCCUUGUCAAGUCAUUUGUUAUAUUUCAUUCUUAUUUCUUUUAUUAUUUUACUUUAUUAAA